AUGGACACAGUAACGGAAGAACAACUCUCAUGGACUCUCCCUUAUGCGGAUAAUGUGGUCUUGAUUGCAGUGAGUGGGGAAGAAUUUGAAGAAAAGGUGCAGAGGUGGAAAAACCAACUAAAGCGGUACGGUUUGAAGCCCAACGUGGAGAAGACGGAACAUAGGGAGAUGGGAAGUCACAAUCCCGGGACGUAUGCACCAGUGGUGAGCCAGUAA